AUGCAAGCCAGAUUACCUCUCGAUAAAAUUGAGAGGAUUACGUUGUGCAUUAGUAACAUUCUGUCAAGAAAAAGUUGUACACGGAAGGAACUAGAACAAUUACUCGGUCAUUUAAACUUUGCUACCAGAGUAAUAUUACCCGGCCGGUCAUUUGUCUCCUACCUCUACAAACUUAUGUCCUCGGUCAAAGAGGGUUAUUACCACAUACAUCUAAAUAAAGAGUGUAAGGCAGAUUUAUACAUGUGGCUGGAAUUUUUAUCAAACUGGAAUGGUAUAUCCAUGUUUUAUGAUGCGUGCAAAGUAACGUCAGACUCUAUUCAGUUAUUUACUGAUGCCUCUUCUACAAUCGGAUAUGGUGGCUACUUCGAAGGACAUUGGUUCUGUGAUAGAUGGCCAGUAGACCUACCUCGCAUUGUCAAUGAUACAUUAUCUAUGGCCUUUCUUGAACUGUAUCCCAUAGUUGUUGCUAGUAUUUUAUGGGGUAAACAAUGGAGUGGAAAAAGAAUCGUUUUUAAUUGUGACAAUCAAGCAACCGUGCAAAUUAUCACCAAAGGUCGCUCAAAGGAACCUUUUAUCUCGUUUGCAGAUGGAUCGUUUCAAGAAGCUGGCACCAGAAGCAGAUCUUCUGUGUACGCCGUGUCCUCCUUUAAUGGAAGUGAUUUGGACAGUGUUGUAGAAAAUCUCUGGGACCAUUCCAUUUCCAUUAGAACGCGCAAUCAAUAUAAAGUUGGACUGGACUGUUACAUCAAAUUCACCUUGCUGAGAGGACUGCAUGGUUCCGUUAGUGACUUACCACCAAUUUCAGAACAAUUGUUAAUAUAUUUUGUUGCUUUUUGUGACGAACAUUUAAGAUUAGCUUAUUCAACGAUCAAAUUGUACUUAAGUGGUAUCAGAUACUUUUAUUUAAGAUUGAAAGGAUGUAAUCCUUUUCAAAAUAAUGCUGGUCAAAAUUUGAUUUGUUUGCAAUCAGUUUUAACUGGUGUAAAGAAAAAACAAAGCAUGUAUGCUGUUCCUAAACGCAGUAGGCUUCCUAUCACCAUGUCCAUUUUAACAAAAAUGUGUCAAUUACUCAGGUCAGGAAUUUUUGAUAUGUUUACAUCAUACAUGUUUGAAGCAGCUUGUACAGUCGCAUUUUUUGGGUUUCUACGAUGUGGGGAAUUCACUGUCCUCAGUGAUUCUCAUUAUGAUGAUUAUGUUUCAAUCCAAGAUGUAAUUUGUCACGACUCAUUUGUCGCACUUACAUUAAGAAAAUCAAAGACAGAUCCAUUUAGAAAUGGAGUUCAGAUUAAAUUAUUUAAGACACAAACAGAUGUCUGUCCAGUGAAUGCUGUUGUUAAAUACCUGAAACUAAGAUCAGAAGUUUUCAAGUCACAACCUUUGCCUUUCUUUGUUACCAAGGAAGGUUCCAUUCUAACUAGAGCAAUUUUCAUUGACACACUUAAAGUCAUUUUAUCUCAAUUAGGCCUAAACUCUGAUCUCUAUAAUGGUCAUUCCUUCAGAAUCGGAGCAGCUACAACCGCACAAGAGGCACGCAUUGAAGAUCACUUAAUUAAAACAUUAGGUAGAUGGUCUUCCAAUUGCUACACUACUUACAUUCACACAUCUCCUUCAGUUAUUCAAAAUGCACAACAACAAAUAGCCUCUUCUGUUUUGUAGAAAUCAGUAAACAGCUACACCUGUCUGUUUCAUUUGUUCUUUUACUAAAUCAAUGUGCUUUAUUCAGUAGUACAUGUAUUGUAAUUUCACAAGGUGUGUCUUAAGAUGUACAUGUUGCAUAUGUUCUUAAAUGUAUAUAUGUUUUUCUAUUUCUUGUUUAAUUAUUAUAUAUUUUUACUUACAUUGGAAACUUGGGGCUACAACUGCUUACAGUUGUAUUUGGCUGUUUUGGUGUACAAAUAUUACAAAUUCUUUAAAAUUUUUCCAUAUUUUAACCAAUAAUCCCCAAGUUUUCUCCUGGGGGUUAAUGUGUGUAUUUUCUAUAUGUAUGUUUGUUUACUACAUUUGUAUAUAUAUUUUAACAGUCGUGCAUUCUUUUUACUUAUUUGCUGCUUAUGUGUUACCAUUUAUACUUUGUCUAUCUCCAAUUGUCCUGGAGAUAGAUCAAUUUCGUUAACGCAUUGUAAGUCGGUUGUCAGUCCCCAUAAUCCAAUAUGUGUUUUGUAUAUAAUAAACUUUGUAACUGUAACAUUGUUUGAGUUUUAUAUAAAUGAAAGAUUAUUUUCAUAAUCUUAGUUUAUAUAAAUAAGUACUUGUCAUCAUAUUCAUUUCGUUCAUGUAUUUAAAUCAUCUCAAUGGGUAUUCUGUGUUACAUGUAUUGAGAUAUGCCUUAUCUGGGCCUCAUCUGUUGUUUAUUUAUAACCCAGCCUCGUUUUCAGUUUCACCAUCUUUGCGUUCGUAGCCAUUGUGGAAAUUUGUUACCACCAUCCUCCCCACCACACGCCUUGUGAAAUUACCUUUGGGGAUUGUCAUUUGUAAAUAAUUAUUUUUAUUAGUAUUAUUGUUAUGCAGUAGUUUUGCUUUACAUAUUCAUUAAUUUCUGUGUAAAGAUGUGUAAUCUUUAAACAAUUAUGUUAUUCUGCUUGCAUAUGUUAUGUCAAUCUUAUAUUUCUCAUGCUAAAUGUAUAUCACCAAUGCCAAUCAUUUACAAGUAAUUGUUUUCAUGUUAGUCAUUCUGCUGCAUGAUUAUCAACGUUACUAAUUCUAAACAUUUAUUUCAUACUAGUCAUGCUGACAUGUUUCCAAUCAUGCUAAUGCAUGCAUUUCUUUUCUGCUAGACACGCUAGUUUUUACAAUUCUAGUAUUCUACAAUGCAAAAUGCAUUUACAAUAAUCU